GCCUUUGCUAUCGGAGUGUUUGUCAGUAUUGACAUUAAAAGAGUAUGAAUGGUAGCAGUAUUUGAUCAGAUUUCUUUAUUUCUAAAGUACGUCAUGUGAUGUAAAGGAUUCAGUGCUUUCGUAUGUUGCGUUCAGAAUGUGCCUCUCCUCUUAAAAACAGGGUAAAAGGUUUCAGCUCAACCUUCAGUAUGGGAAGAGAUUUCCAUCAAAUGUGAUAAAGGAGUGGUUGUGUAAGGUUUCUCAGAUCAGCAUGGGCCGUAAUGCAGCAUUCCUGCUCCUCUGGGGAAUACUGAAUUCUUGUCUUCCACCAGACUACUGCCAAAUCAACCUUCAAACCCCAGAGAGUAGCAUUUCCAUUCCUUCAGCUCCUGUAACAUUACCUGGUAUCCAAACACCUGAGCCAACAACUGAAGCCUCAACCAGCAAAAGUGACAGAAACUCUGAGAAAUAUUCUGAAACGCCAAUAACUGACCAAUCAGGCAAUACAUCCGAGUACACAGCCACAAAUAAAGACUCCAUCUCUCCAUCAAACACCUCAAGGGUUUUGAGCGAUACUGACAGAAACACAUCUACACCAAACCUGACUCAGAAUAAUGUGAAUACAACCAAUGACACUACUGUGACUGCUGACUCCACAUAUCUAACAGCACCUGCAGAACCUUCAAUGUCUUCUGGUACAACUGAAAGUGCUGAGGAUCAAAACACAAACACAGCUACAACAUCACCACAACCAUCAGACAAUACAUCCAAAUACACCCCAGAUGCAAUAUCUCCACAGUUCUCAUCUUCUACACCAGAUUCUAGUCUAGAGAAAACCUCAGAGAGCAACAUUUCCAUUUCCUCAACUCCUGGCACAUUAACUAGAGUCCAAACACACGCGCUAACAGCUGACGUCUCAACUAACAGAAACUCUGAGAAACAUUCUGAAUCAUCACUGACAGUCCCCGACCCAUCAGGCAGUACAUCUAAAUACACCGCACAUACCACAACAGAGCGUCCAUCCUAUACAUCAGAAGACAGUCUGAACCCAUUCAGCACGCUCAUGACUGAGAACCACAGCUCCAUCACAGCCUCCAUCGCUUCAGCUGAGAAGACAGAGCACGUUUCACAUAAUCACAAUAAAACCGCAUCAACUCUGAACACAGCCGCAGAACUGAUCUCAGCCAGCAGCUACACUGGCAUUUCCAAUGAAAUGUCUGAUAUAGAGGCUCCUGAAUCUACAGCUGCAGAUAUCUUCACAGUCAUAAACACAGAUGACAGUUCUCUGGUCAGUUUUAACACAAAUAAAUCACCAUCAUCCACAACGACUGAUGCAGUGGACACAAGUUUGUUUACAGCCUCAGACUUCGAGACCUUCAGCACUGACAUACAGGAGCAAUAUUCAACUCCUAGUGAACCUACCGAUCAAGAGGACUCACUGACACCUUCUCCACAGUCAAACCAGGCGGUGACCUCAAACUCCACCAAUCAGGGGAAGCAAAUAUCUAAUGCAGACACCAUCUCUAAUGCAUUUUCUCCUGUCGCAUCCACACAUGAAGACUUGAUAUCGUCUCCUAAUCCAGUGACUGACCCAUCAGCUCAUGAACCCAGCCAGAAGAACGACUCAGACUCCACCGACAGCUGCUUAAACAGCACACCCUCAAUACCUGCAGAUCUGACAAACUCGCCAUUAUCUACUGACACCAUCAGAGAAGGAAUCGCUGAUAAGUGUGAAAGAGAAAGCAUCAUCUUUCUGCUAAACACAAGGAAAGUGCCCGUGUUUAAAACCCUGGCCUUUAAUUACCCGCUCAUGCAUCAAGUCACAAUCAUGAGCACGCUGUCAAAACCAUGAAGCCGUCAUACUGAUGAAGAGAACAGAAACUUCCUGCUAAUUAAAAUAGAUCAAGUGUUUUGUGGUUACUUAACAAACUAUGCAGGGUAUUUGAGCGUCAAACAGAUCAUAUGACAAGGCACUCAAAAUGGCUCAACAAAUAAACAAAGACGCUGGGAAAACAGUGGAAGAACUGGUUUGAUACUGUAUGAAGCACUUUCAGUUUGACAAUAAAUAUGAUACCGUUUGGAUCACAGGUAUAAA